AUGGCAGCCGCAGAUGGGAGCUCUGCGAAAACAAAUCAUGAAGAUGGCGGAGUGAGGCGAAGACACUCGGGGCAGUAUGAAGAUGGCGAUGGCGAUGGCGAGUUUGCGAGCUCCUCACCUGACGACGUGCACACGGGCAGGACGACACUUGUCAGUCCCCACAAUGGACGUCCCUCAGAAGCUCAACGUGUACGCUUUUCGGGUGAAGUUGAGCGGAGAGCAAAGAUCAAGCAGAGAAAGAGCGACGACAGCCUGAAUGAGCGCAAUGGUUCCUCUCCCGCGGAAGGCUCGAAGGCUCCCAUUCUCGCGAUCGACGCCCGAGCCGCGCAACAGCAACAGGUGGACAACGUCAUGGGCGAGAGCACCUCGAAGAGUCCAGCCGAAAUGUCACCCCGAUACGAGCUUCUUUCGCCCAAGAGCAGGACAAGGGGAAUGUCCCUUCGAUCUUCGCUUUUCGCCAAACACAUGAACCAAAGAGUCUCAUCCGGAUAUGAGCUAGACGAUGUCGGGCCUUCGACGAAUGGCAGCAGACGAGAAGAGCGAGGCCACAGCAAGAAAGAUUCGAGGGCGUCUGUAACGAUCACGCCGAUCGAAGAGGUUCGCCCAGCGUCUCCGCCGAAGAUCGCGACCAGGAUGACCGGAACGUCUGCUCUUCCGAAUUAUCAACAGUGGGCCAAUAAGCACGCAAAGAGACGUUCGCCUUUGAAGAGAACGAAAGAGGUAUGUGAGAGGGUGAGGAAAUUCGUACUGCGGAUACAGGAGAUACCGCCUUCGAAAGAUGGCAGACACGUCCCACUGGAUCCGUCAAGGAAGAAAGCACUCAUCGAUGAGAGGACUGGCCAUCCCUUCGUCUCGAACAUGAUUCGAUCCUCAAAGUACACUCCCUGGAAUUUCUUACCACGUCAGCUGUUCGCACAGUUCUCCAAGCUGGCCAACUUUUACUUUUUGUGUGUGUCGAUCUUGCAGAUGAUUCCAGGGCUGAGCACGACUGGAACGUACACGACUAUCGUGCCUCUGUUGUUCUUCGUUUCGGUAUCCAUGGGCAAAGAAGGAUAUGAAGACUUCAGGCGACACAAGCUGGACAAGGCGGAGAACAAUCGCGAGGCUCGCGUGUUGCAUGUGUACAGACCGGUACCCACAGCUAAAGGUGAUGCCGAUGUCCCGGUCGCGGUUGAGGGUCCGAUUCAUUGGGCGCCUGUGAAGUGGCAUUCUCUGCAAGUCGGAGACGUGGUGAAGCUUGAGCGGGACGAAGCAGCUCCAGCGGAUAUGAUCCUCCUGGGUAGCAAAGGCGCCAACAACACUGCUUACGUUGAAACGAUGGCCUUGGAUGGCGAGACUAAUCUCAAGCCAAAGCAGCCGAAUGCCGAUACUGUUCAGGCCGCUCAGAAUGCCGAAACGUUGGCCACAGCGGACGCUCACUUCGUCGUCGAGGAUCCCAAUCUGGAUCUUUACAAUUUUGAAGGAAAGCUCGCUACCAAUGGCAAGACGUCUCCUCUCACCAAUAACGAGAUCAUCUACCGAGGAAGCAUUCUACGCAACACGCCUGAGGCUGUCGGGAUCAUCAUCUACAGCGGCGAGGAAUGCAAGAUUCGAAUGAAUGCGAACAAGAAUCCUCGCAUCAAGGCGCCUUCCCUCCAGGCGAUCGUCAACAAGAUCGUCUUUUGCAUCGUGCUUUUUGUGAUCUUUCUGGCCCUCUUCAACAGCAUCGCAUACCAAGUCUGGCAGAACACCACCGAAAAGAAGGCCUGGUACAUUAACAAUGCGCCGGUCGCUUUCGGGCCUCUCAUCACUUCCUUCAUCAUCAUGUUCAAUACGCUCAUCCCCCUGUCACUGUACGUCAGCCUGGAAAUCAUCAAGAUCGCGCAGAUGAUCCUCCUGAACGACAUCGAUAUGUACGAUGCGGAGAGCAACACGCCUUUCGAGGCGCGAACUUCAACGAUCAACGAGGAGCUGGGACAGGUUGGGUACAUCUUCUCAGACAAGACGGGAACUCUGACGGAGAACGUGAUGCGCUUUCGAAAGCUGAGUGUUGCCGGUACUGCAUGGUUGCAUGAUGCGGAUCUUCCUGUGGAGCCAGAGGAAGAGCUUCUGAUGCAUGAGAGACGACAGCGGAGUAAGGGCAAGAAACCAGCUUGGAGGCCUCGAAAGUCGACGACACAGUGUGGAGCCAGGGCAAGUCGGGAAAAUGCAGAAGCCCAGGAACCGCUGAACGUGAACAACAGUGAGCAAGCGCCUUUCAGGAAUUCGACGACGUCGUUAUUAUGGAAGUCCUCUGCUGCGCCGGGCAUGGAGCAGUCUGAGCCGAGCACACGAGAACUCAUAAGAUACCUGCAGAGACGGCCGCAAACUGCAUUCUCCAGUCGUGCGAAGAUGAUGAUUCUCUCGAUGGCGCUUUGCCAUACCUGCCUUCCCGAGCGAAAAGGAGAAGGAGACGAUCAGAUCACUUUUCAGGCCGCUUCACCGGAUGAACUCGCCCUGGUCCAAGCUGCAAAGGAACUCGGCUAUUUAGCUUACGAGCGCAAUGCCUCGACUUUGACACUGAAGCUGUAUCCGCACGGACACAACGCCGAUCCAAUCUUGGAGAGCUACGAUAUCCUGGACGUCAUUGAAUUCUCCAGCAAGCGCAAGCGCAUGUCGGUCGUCGUUCGUUUACCAGAUGGUCGCAUUACGGUCUUGUGCAAAGGUGCAGAUUCGGUCAUCACGAAUCGUCUACGCCUUGCCCAGCUCGCCCAUCAAAAAAUGUCGGAGAUCGAAAAGCACAAUGUACAGCGCAAGUCCAUGGAAGCCCAGGAGGCUCUGCGGAGAAAGAGCAGUAUGAUUGAACGCUCGGGUAGCGUGAGUAGUAUGCCACGGACGAGCAACUCGCUGGCGAGACGGAGCACGACUCUGGGGAGGCCUAGUAUAGGACGGCUAGAACCGAUCCGAGACGAGAUUGAUGAUUGGCUAAAUGUCCGGGAGCAUGAUGUGGAUCAGUCACCCAGAGCGUCCUCACACUUCCGGCCUUCGAUGGCGGCUACGGAUAGGCGGUAUUCUUUCCAUUCGGGAGUGGAAGAUGUGAAUGUCGAUGAGUCUGUAGCUGCUGAUGAGGGCUUGGUUAUCGGGAGGUGUUUGCAGCAUAUCAACGACUUUGCGACUGAAGGCUUGAGGACGCUGCUUUACGCAUAUCGAUUCUUGGAUGAGGCAGAAUAUCAAUCUUGGAAGAAGGUGUAUCACAAUGCGACGACUUCACUUGUGGACCGCCAGGUCUUGAUCGAGAAGGCUGGAGAGCUCAUCGAGCAGCAGUUGGAACUGGGCGGUGCUACUGCCAUUGAGGAUAAGCUGCAGAUGGGCGUUCCGGAGUCCAUCGAUCGUCUGCGACGUGCUAACAUCAGGAUGUGGAUGUUGACGGGCGAUAAGCGUGAGACGGCGAUCAAUAUCGGGCAUAGCUGUCGGCUGAUCAAGGACUACUCUUCCGUCUCGGUGCUGGACUCCGAAGCCGGAGACGUGGAACAAAAUAUCGCAGCUUCCAUCAUCGACAUCAACCGCGGUGGCGUCGCUCAUGCCGUCGUGGUCAUCGACGGACAGACACUCGCGUCGAUUCAGUCCGACGAAGCCAUGCUUACCCUUUUCUUGGAUCUGGCUAUCCUUGCGGACUCAGUCAUCUGCUGUCGAGCGAGUCCGAGUCAGAAGGCGGCGCUGGUGCAUUCUAUCCGCACUCGAUUGAAGAAGUGUGUCACGCUGGCCAUUGGCGACGGAGCGAACGAUAUCGCCAUGAUUCAGGAGGCGCACGUUGGAAUCGGGAUCACAGGGAAAGAGGGGUUGCAGGCCGCGAGAACAAGUGAUUAUGCGAUUGCGCAGUUCCGAUUCCUGGUCAAGUUGUUACUUGUCCACGGGAGGUGGAAUUAUAUCCGGUAAGUGCGCACGUUCUUCGCAUAACCGAGUCUGUCUGCUGAUACGUGCCCUGAAAAGGACUUGCAAAUACACUGUCGGCACUUUCUGGAAAGAAAUGCUCUUCUACCUCACACAAGCCCUCUACCAACGCUACAACGGCUACAGCGGUACUUCUCUGUACGAAUCCUGGUCCCUUUCCAUGUUCAACACCCUCUUCACCAGCUUAACGGUCAUCUUUCUGGGCGUCUUCGAACAGGAUCUCCGCGCUUCUACACUCCUCGCUGUCCCGGAACUCUACACCAAAGGCCAGAGAGGCGCUGGUUUCAAUCUCAAAGUCUACCUGGGCUGGAUGUUUACCGCCGUAUGCGAAGCCGUCAUCAUCUUCUUCACCAUGUGGGGCCUGUACGGAGAUGCGAUUUUCAACGCAGAGAAUACCAUCUUCCCCAUGGGGAACAUGACGUUUACGGCUUGCGUCAUCCUCAUCACGAUCAAGUUGCAAGUGAUUGAGCAACGCUAUAAAUCUUCCAUGGCGCUGGUCGCGUGCAUUCUCGCCAUCGGGGGUUGGUUUCUCUGGAACAUCAUCCUCGCGGGGCUCUAUAAGAAGAACAACGAAUAUAAUGUCAAAGACGGCUUGUUUCAUCGCUGGGGAAGGAGUGGGCAAUGGUGGCUUACCCUCAUCCUCAGCGUCACGGCCUGUCUACUCUUGGAGAUCGGGAUCAGGGCUCUCAAGGCUGCAUUCUGGCCCACGGACGUGGAAAUAUUCCAGAGUCUCGAGGGGAAUCUGGAUGUUCGGAAGAGGUUUGAGGAGGCUUCUGCGGAGUGGAUGAGGGCCGGGUGGGAUCGGGGAGGGAAGAAGAGUUCGAUGGAGAUGGAAGAGGAGGUGAGGAGGGAGAGGGAGGUUUUGGAGAUCUUGGCUAGCAGGCCUGGGACGGUGGAGGAAGGGUUGGGUAGGAUAGAUGGUAUCGAUGAGCGGCUGACGAGGGUUGAGACAGAGGAGCAGGUGGUGAUGGUUGGACAGGGGCGGGACAGUUUGGAGAUUCGGGAGAUGUUGGCUAGGAGGAGCCGGCCGAGAUGA